AUGUUCGUAGUGGAGAACGACCGCAUAUGCCGUGAGUCCGCGGUCUCCGUCGGCGAGGGUGGGCGCGUCUCAGCGAAGGCGAUGCGGAGACCCGUCCCGGCAGCAGUUAUCCAACGGCGUACCAGGCAGAGCCUCGUCUCGACGAUGCCGGCGCAGUGUUUCAUCCGACCAUCCAUCCAGCGGAGUCCGCAGUACACUGUGCACGCGGCACAAGCGCACAGCGUCCUCACCUGGUUUAGCCCGCCGGUCGAGACGGUUGCCCGGGGUGUGGCCGCUGAGCAGAGCCCAGCUACGUGGAGCCACAGGUGAGAGUUGGGUGCCAGCAAAUGGACGCUAGGCGUAGUCUUACCUGCAGGCAAGUGAGCGACCACUACGACCAUCACGUGAACCCACCGCUGACACCCCCUACACCCCAUGCAAAACCUACCCUCUGAUAGAAAUGACUACAUAUAUAGCAUGCAUUUUUUCAUUGAUUUUCGAUUCCUUAAAAGAUUCAAUUAUAUUUCACGGAAAACAGGCAUAAAAUAUUCAUUCUUUUGCUCUUUCGGUAGACAAUUACGUUUUCUUCCAAUCCUAUGCUCGACGGAAGGGCAUAAUUCGGUUUUCAAAAAUUUUUCAAAUGCCCGUAUAAUUCUGAAUCCGCUCUACCGUUACACUGGGAUUCGGGGUUUUCCAAACUGAGAGACGAGAAUUUUCCGCUUACCGAAAACCACACAUUUCUCUAUGGUAUUAAGAGUAGGCCAUAUGGGGUUCAUAAAAUUAAACAGUGGAUUUGAGCCAUAUUGUUAAUUUUACAAGCCACAUUGAUAAAUGCAGAGAUAUGACGUUUUACGAAGGGCAAUUUCACGGUAUUAAAAAAUCUCCCAAUUAGAAACUUUUUAAAACCGAAAUAUGCGUUAUGCCUAAUGUAAAACUGAAAGAAGACGUAAUUUUCUACUGAAUGAGCAAAACAACGAAUAUUUUUAUGCAUUUUUUCCAUGAAAUAUAAUUGAAUUUUUAAGGACAUCAAACUUCAAUGAAAAAAUGCAUGCUACUUAAGAAGCCAUGUUUUUCGGGUUAGAGUUUUUAACUACAGUUGGAUAGAAGUUUUUUUUCGAAUGCCGGCAUCCUGUGCUAACCUAAUUAUUAUACAGUUAUGCUGCGUGAUGUUUAGUUUUACCACUUUAUUUAAUUAAUCUUUUCGAAACGGAAACGCAUUUUGGAAUUUCUGUCGACAUUUUACGAGUAAGGCCACCUUCUGUAGGAGAUGUUUCGUCGAAGAAGAACGAGGAAUUUUAUUUUCCUCUCAAAAAGCCAUUUUGGCAGGGGUUCAACUGAUCUGGCUGCCAGUUGCAUUUCUCGGGUUUCAUUCACAGCACUCUUCUCUGUCCCCCAGGCCGACUUGGUCAAGACAACACCCGAUCACCUACUCAAUUCGAUUUUGUGGCAUGCCAACUUCACGGUUAUAUUCAACGCACAGUAAAAGGCAAAUAACAGGGUUUGGACGUUGAUCCUGGAGGGAAUUUAUGCUGCCUACAAACGUCAGGUGUUGACUGAUUAUUCAUUAUUAUUUAUAACAUCAUCCUCCUCUGCCUCUGUUUGUCUUGAGUGGUUCUUGACAUCGGGUCCAGAUGGGGAAUACGAGGAGAGAGUGCGAUAGAUGCUGUGCAAGACCACUACCACUACAAACUCAUUCAUGCACGUCACCGACCGUGCUUGAUCUCGCUAUGGAGCACCCGAUGUGCAUCGUCGGCAACGACGGUCAAACUUGAAAUUUACACAUGACCGCUCCUCAUGGUGUGCGUCAGGUAGACGAGAAGAGGGUGGGAGUCUGUGCGUAGUCUUACUUAAUCGCAUUUCAAACAAACCUAACUGUGCAAAAUUCGGCGGGAUUCGAAACCACGACAGUAAGGGGAAGGCUUUAGUACAGCCGACGCUCUAGGAGGCCCCGCCGGAGGGCUCCAGUGUAAUCACAUUUGGAUAGAGUUACCCGUCCAACCUACUGCAGCGUCUGAAAUCCACCGAAUCUGAGGGAGUAAGUUGACUGCCCAAGCAGGAUUUCCUAAGCAAUUCCCCUAGAAUCUCAUUUGUCAACGUGCGCCAUCAUGAAGCGCAUCACUUGACAUUUUCGGCAAGAAAUGCAUUUACUCAUUUUGACCUGUCAGGAUACCAGUUUUCGCGAAGAAAUUCCUGGAUUUUUCUAAGUUUCUCCGCUGUACUAUCUGUUAAAGACAUUUUUAUAACCCUUUGUGCCAAUCACCUGACUAGAUUCCCAUUUUGUUGAAGAGGUACGAAACCAGCGAAGUUCGUGUAUUGUCCAGACCAGGUUUUCUUCCGAUAGACUCUCCUUCGGAUGCUAUCGUCAGACCUCCUGUUUAGAAGUACAUCUAAGAAAGGAAGCGAACCGGCCGAUUCCAUCUCCAACGUGAAUUUGAUCGAUGGAUGUGCUCGGUUUACAGCAUUUAAGAGGGCAGCAACGUCGGUUUAUGUGGUUUCAAUCACAAAGAUAUCAUCAAUGUAGCGACCGUAAUGUUUAAGCUUUUUGAUCUGACCGCUGAGUUGAAAUCUCUCUAGCAUGCCCACGAAGACGUCGGCUUAUUACGGCAUCCUCCCCCGCCUCUGUUCUUCUUGACUCUGUCUUCAUACCAAAUCCAAGUGGGGAGGAGGAGAGAGUGCGGUAGAUGCUGUGCAGCUUACCAUCACAACAAACUAAAUCGCGCACAGGUCAUUGUCCCUGGUUGAUCUUGAUAUUGAGCACCCGGCGGACUUCGUCGGCAACGACGGACGAACUUGUUAUUGACAUAUGACCGCUCCUCAUGGUGUGUGUCAGGUAGAAUUGUGGGGGGGACAUGACGGGAAGAGGGUGGGAGCCUGUACGUAGCCUUACUUAAUCACAUUUCAUACUGAGCCAACUGUGCAAAACUCGGCGCCUCCGUGGGAUUCGAACCCACGACAGUAAGGAGAAGGCUUUAGUACAGUCAACGCUCUAACCACUUGAGCUACGAGACCCCGCCGGGUCGAGUUACUGUCCAACCUACUGCAACGUCUGCAACCCACCAAAUCUGAUAAGCAGGAUUUCCUAAGUAAUCCACCUAGAAUCGCAUUUGUCAACCGCUGUUCGUAACGUGCGCCAUCAUGAAAAAGGGAAAGUAUAACUUGACAUUUUCAGCAGAAAUGCACCCACUCAUUUUGACCAAGAUAUAAAAUUUUCGUAGGAUGCAGGAGUAAAUAGGUUUGCAGAAGACAGAAUAUCUACAGUGAGUGACCUAUCUCAUGAAAUGUUGGCUGAAAUUCUGAAAUGCGUUUUCGAUUAGGAAGGAUUACUUGGUCGCGGUUGUAAUACUGACUAUUUUGCGGCAUACUCUUAUAACAUUUCGGACUCUGCGGGAUGUCGGCUUUUAAAUGACUACUUAAGUAGCAUGAAUUUUUCCCACUGAUUUUCGAUGAAAUUGCAAAUUCAAAGAUAUUUUAUAGAAUCCAUAAAUAAAGAUAUGCUUUCUUUUAGUAAAUCAAAGAGAAUCACGUCUUCUUUAUAUUUUCUACUUAAGGAAGGAGUAUAAUUAGGUUUUAAAAAAGUUUCUAAUCAUGAGACUUUUUAACACCGCGAAAUAUCAAUUCACAUAGCAUCGUACCUAGACGCUUACCACUGCUUCUCAUGAAAUGAACAACAUGGUCCGCAUCCAUUGCAAAAUUGUAUGGACUAUGUAUGAUAUCUGUUUAUUAACAUAGAAAAAUAUGUGAUUUUCUUUACAUGAAACGCAUGCAUCUUGCAGACUAAAAUUACUAAGCCCUACUGCAACGAAUGAUCAGGCUCCAAUUUAUUCGGCAAAUGGAAAAGUUUUUUAAAACUGGCAGCAGAAGAGAGUGUUCGUAAGGCUCGUUUUGAAAUUAACAUACCUUCUUUUUAUGGAAAGCAGGGAAAAUAGCCAGAGAACAGUUAAGGGUAAGAGAGAAGAAUUUAGACGAGGGGUUGAGGCGCGCGACAGAAACGCGUUUACAAAUAUUAAUGGGAGAAUAAGAUAUUUUCGGACUGAGCAACAACACGGUACCGGAAAAGGUGUCCACAUUGGGGAGAAUUCUAAGGAUUUAGAAAUGGGAGAACCUCGCCGAAGGAUAUCACAUUGAAUCACCAUUUACUUGUCAAAACAUCUACUUAAAUCGCUCUUGAAUCCGAGUAUCAGUAAGAUUUAUCCAAGUUCGUAAUAAUUGACAGCAGGCAGUUUUUGUCAGCUUGGUCAAGGCCGAGUAGAAGCUAGUCUGCCUUCGUUAAAUUUUUCCUUAUAGUUGACAGCCGACGAAGGUCAUGAUCGUGAUUACACAGUGUUUCCAGAAGUCGACCUAAGUUGCCACAAGUAGUCUCCGCUUCAAACGCUAUUGCAGGCUAUCCAGUAGGAUGCGGACGUAGCUUCUGCCUGUAGCGUUGGGAGGGAAAAGGCCUCUAGGACCAACUCAUAUUUCUUGUUAUCGUUGCGCCGGCCGAAAUAGGUGAUAGUACCGUCCUUGAAGUUUCUAGAGGUUAUUCUAAUCCCCACAUCUGAAACAAUUAGUUGCUUUUGUGGACACGUUGGGGACUGACGUAUUUCAACGAUUGACCUUGACUUUGUCGGCAUCUGGUGUCUUUCCGCUAGACUAAGUUUUAAUGUACUCCUCUUCAGGCCGGGAAUAGGGUACAGUUACUGAAAAAAUCGACAAAAGUUGGUUUUAAAACCACAGGCUAGGCAAGAGCGGCAAGGCACAGAAAGUUGCAUGUGCUUAGCCAACCUUGCACCACGGUAAACGCGGAGCCUGAACGAGGUUCUUGUGGGCGCAUAGGGUCGGUUUUCGUGACCUUAUGGCGGCCGCUUCUGCUUUUGCUAACAGGCGCUGGCCCAGUAGCUUAGGGUAGCUCAAGGGGAUCUUAUAAAUCCCACGAGAUGCUUCAGUGGGGUCCACACGAUGUCCUGAAUCCACUGCAUGCGCAUUCAGCCCCUUGAGGCGACCAGACCGCCCGACAAUGUGCACCACAUAGUUGGACGUAGCCAACAAUUGGGUUGCCAUACUUGAGAAAGUAGUGGCACGAUAGUGCCGACUACCCAUCAAUAAAUUACAGGGCUUUUGCAUGUGCGUGUAAGCAGCAUUCUCUUCAAGGUAUCAGUGCCUGUCUGCCCAACGCAACUGAUGGAAGAAGUUCUUGGGUGACAACCUCAAGGAGGGCAGCGGAGAGUCAACGAGUAACCGUGCAAACGCCGGCGAUAAGUGUCGUACGGAGAUUGGCAUGUUGGUGGUGUCAGGCGAGUGAAGGCAGUCUCAGCGAUGAUACCCAUUUAUUUGAGGUGUCCGGCGGGUGUUCGCUGACGAGCAAUGGACCAAAGACGCCAGGAACACCUCUUAAUCCGAUUUCGCGCAGCGUCAUCAGGCCCUGAAGCAUUGUAGCGGCCGAGGACGUCAAGGGCACCACACCUCAAGUAGCGAAACACUGGAAGGAGAUUCUGGCUAACACUGAUCUGAAUAGGGUUGUUAGCAAGUCACUAUACGCAUUCGCACAUAAAGGAAGAAGAAACGUAAACUGAGCGAGAAGAUAUAAAGGACAAAGCUGGGAAUUGGAAAGGCGUAUAAUAAUAGCCAAUAGUACCUACGAAUCGAGUUACAACUGUGGAGUAACCUGUCUGGGUGGAGGGGCGAUACCGACAUGCCCGCUAGUUAACCGGUGGCGUAACCAGCGCUGUGGGCUACUGCAGAGAAGGGCCGAGGAAGGCGCCGACGUAGAGAGAGGGAGAGCGAUACGAGCGUCACGGUACGUCGCAGGAAAAGGAGUAGUGGAAGCGAGAUGAAAGGAAACCGGCCAUCCUCACCAGCCCGCGGUUACGCUAUCUCCAUCCUUUGUCCGCGCGCCAAAAGUGGUUCCUCAUUCAAACAACCCUAUCGAGGUCGUGGGGCGUUACAAAUGAAGUGCUACCCCUCGCUGUCUUUACAAUUCAGGUAACUCCUCCCCGGUGAACUUGCAGAGUCAGAAGGGGAAUCCAGAGAAUAGCAACACUUUACAUCGUGCUGAGGUUCGGUGGACCAGAGUUUAAAUACCAGUUUAGUCGGUCCUCUGAAUGCUCACCUGAAGCGACAGCACAAACUACUGCCUGGGCAGCUGAGACUACUUCUGCGUAGAUCUUUUCCUAUACAAAGUCCUUAUUUUGGUAGAGAGGCUCUCAUCGAUCGUUUCUACGGAACUCAUUCGUACCGUUAGGCCUUACGGGCUCUCUCUCGAGCACAACCAGCAGCCGCACAGCGCGCAUGAUAUAGGUGGAAUGGCAUUACCGACAAAGACAAGGGAGAUUUGAAUGGCCAUUUCUGGCUUACUACCUAUCGUCAGCCAGUCAUAUCCAACUACGUAGUGUGGAACACUUGGGGUUCGAACUCGCGACCUGUUAGUUAGAAGUUCAGCACCUCUUACCACAGAGCCACGGGCUCCUUGUCUGUCGGUUGCGACUAAGCAUAUACAAUAGUAUAGGGGCACUCACCGAUUGUUUCUACGGAACACAUUUGUCUCGUUGUGCCUUACGGGCUCUCGCUCAUUAUUUUAUUCAAAAGUUCCACCAAAGUGCCUUUUAAGGCAUUUAAAUGAAAGUUACAGCAUAAAAGAGAGGCAACAUAACGGACUGACGUGGAACAUCCUUAUUUGAUUCAAAAAUGAGUGCUAGCAUAUUAUGAGCAAUAUUCCAGCAACCAUCGCAGAUUACACUAACCGAAGCAUCAUUGUCACUACUGUUCAGAUCACAGGUUCUUGUUGCAAUGACGGUGAACACGCAAUUGUUGAAACAGUUGGUUGCACCAGCCUAGGCUUUCGGAGCCAUGCAUAAACAACAAACAACGAACCUUUUGUGUAGUUGAAAGAUGAGGGAAAAAUAAGGAGGGGGAGUAGAUUUCAGGAGAUCUGGGCGUCUGAUGCCAACUCUAUUAACGGACACGUCGGCCUUCUGUACGUUGUUUGUGAAUUUUGGCGGUCCUCAGCGUUGUGUAUCGUCAACUGAAUGGGGUGAUCUGUUGCGCCUGUGCUUCAUUUUCGGGUAAUUUAGUCAACGGGGCGUAUUUUCUCGACAUUUUUGAGCUCCUUGUGACCAUCCUGUCCGAUCAUAGCGUAUAUAAUGGCGCAGGAAGAUCUAGAUGCCUGUUGGCGGAGUUGGCAUCUAAGAAUCGGGCUUUAAGUGCGAGACGUUCAGUCCUUGGACUGUUCCGGCUUAAGAUGGUUGCUCCUUGAAAGUCUAAACUGCGGCCGGUUUCUCCGAUGUGAUUUACAAGCUGUGGGUUAAGUUCUAAUGGCCGGGUGGCCAGUUUUUGUUCGUGUGGGAGGGUCUGCAAUUUCUGUCUGGUUUUCCCAAAAUAAUUGCAGUCUGCAUCGGCACAACAUGCGCGUUAAACAAUUGUCGAGGUAUCAGUGAGUGGCAGUGCCUCAUUGGUUCGAAUCAAACGGCGACGAAUUGUGCCUGGGUUCGGCGGACAGUCGUCCGGAAUGGCCCUCUGCACCCCGGGUUGCUGUCUCACUGUCCUCAGUACUGCGGGAAUAGGUGCUCGGAAUGUCUGUGCUCCUCACCAUACCACUGCUGCCACCAUUAUAAUGUCCUGCGUACUCGGAGGGGGACAGACUGAGGACCACUUGAGUCUGAGUAUAACUUGGUCAGAGUCUCCGGUUCUUGAGUGUUCGUACCUAAAGUAUCCAUUACACAUGCAUUCGCAUGCGGACGCACAAGUAAAUGGUAAGUAUUAAACGAGGGAUGGAAAAUGCAUGUACUUUAUGGAAUGCGACAGCCAACGUAUAACCGGACGUUGAUGUUAUAACGAGGUUGACAAAAACGGAAGAUAACGAACGAUAGAAAAAUAGUCACCAAGGAAAUGUUGAAAAUUCUGUGGAUACUAGGAUAUAAGCAAAACACGGGUGUGGAAUACUGGGAGAAGUAACGAAACUGUAAAACUACAUAAGUAUUACUGCAAAAUGAACCAGAUAGGAGGAAAAAUGCUGAAGGUUGGACUUUUCAGACUGACGGUCGUCAAUGAUGGUCCACGCGUGAUCAGGUCUCACGAUAGAUCAACAAAACUGUGAUGACGAAUAAAGCAAAGGGGUUUCUGUCCGUCAGUUCUGCUGGGGUGUUACAACAUGCUUGAUUUUGAUGCGCCAACCAAGUAACUAUACAGAUUCCUGAGGUUUCCUCUUCUCCUCCUCGGCUCCCGAGAGAAUACACAUCUGUCUCCGCGGGCGUGGGAGGUUGAAUCGUCAUACCAGCAGUCUCUUGCCGCCGAAGUCGCUCAUAUCUAGUCGACUAACCUUUAUAUACGUCUAAAGAUGCCUAAACGAGUGCGGGCAUGAGUGGAAUUCUCUCGUACAAUCGAUGUCAUCCACCCAGAUGUAAUGGGGAGGGAGUGACAAUUUGUCAAGUGCAGCCUACAGAACCAUUUGUCAGACAAAAACACCUGCAGACACCAACGCAUCCCCCCUCACCCCUCCCCCCGAAGCCGGAACUGUAGCCAGAGGGGUUAAAAGACAGAGUAGGAGGAAUCAAAGCAUAUCGGAAUGAAAAUAUUCCACCGAGUGAGGAAACUGGCAGAAUCCUCUGAGGGCUGAAUUAGAGAGCUGUUCGGCGACAUUGCAUCCGCAACUGCAGAUCGGCUGGGCUGACACGAAAUGUCACAGGUUAGGUGAGAAUUCAGCCGCUCCAGUCGCUCAUGUCUAGUAGACUAGACUUUAUCUACGUCUACGGUUGCCUAAACGAAUGCGAGCAUGAGUGAGACGGAAAAGAGGCCCACAGUAGGUGGGUUAGCUCAUGAAAUGUCAACCUAGAUUCCUAAAUGCGUUUUUGUUUUGAAAAGAUUAAUUAAGCAGGGUUUCAAGAGUAAUCAUCGCACACAAUAAUUCCAUAAUAAUUCAGUUUUUUUCAGUUUUGUCUGCUUUCGAAAAAAAUUCCUUUUGGCUGCAUGCAAAAUCCAUACUCUGCAAAAAAUGACUACUCGAGUAGUAUGAAUUUUUCUCAUUGAUUUCCAUAUCCCUAAAUGUCUAAUUAUAUUUUAUGCAGAACAUGCAUACCAAUAUUCAUUCUUUUAGUUAUUCGGCAGAUAAUUACGUCUUCUUCCAUUUUUAUACUCGGAGGGGUAUAAUUCGGUUUUUAAAAACUUUUCCAAUUCCCAAAUAAUUUUAAACCCGACAUGCACUUACGCUUGCAUUCGAGGUUUACGAACAACAAACAAUAUAUUUUCUGCGUACGAAAAAUCAUACAUUUCUUCACAGUAUUAAGAGAAGACCAUAUAGGGUUCAUAAAAUUUAGCAGUGCAUUUGAGCCAUAUUGUAAACCGUACAAGCCACAUUAUUUAAUGCAGAUACAUGACUUUUUAUGGGCGGUCAUUUCACCGUUUUAAAAAUUUUCAAGAUUAGAAACUUUUUGAAAACGGAAUUAUAGCCUUCCUUCGAAUAUAAAAUUAAAAGAAAACGUAAUUUUAUGCGGAAUGAGCAGAAGAAUGAAUAUUUUUUGUAUGUUUUCUAUGAAAUAUAAUUGAAUAUUUAAUGGCAUCGAAAAUCAUUGAGAAAAAUGCAUGCUAUUUGAAUAGUCAUUUAUUGCAGAGUAUGUUUCUUGAACGCAGUCAAAAUGAAGUCUGUUCGAAAGCCGACAUCCUGAAACAACUGAAUUAUUGUGCGAUUAUUCCGUGUGACGACUUGUUUUGAAAACCAUACUAAAGUAAUCUUUUCUAAACAAAGACGCAUUUCGAAAUUUCUGUUGACACUUCAUGAGUUAGUCCACCUAGUGUACAAUGGAUACAGCAACUGGGGCCAUACAGUAGGCCAGAAAUCCUUUAAAUCAGUCACCAUGGGCAAAAAGGGUGGAAUUCUCCCAGGCAAUCGAUGUCAUCCUCCCAGAUGUAAUGGGCAGGGAGUGCAGAUUUGUGAAGGACAGACUACAGAACCAUUUGUCGGAUUAGAGCACCUGCAAACACCAACGCAUCCCUCCCCCCCAAUGCCGAAACUGUAGCCAGCGGAGUUAAAAGGCAGAGUAGGAGGAAACAAAGCAUAUUGGAAUAAAAAUAUUCCACCGAGUGAGGAAACUGGCAGAAUCGUCUGAGGACUGAAUUAGAGAGCUGUUCGACGACAUUGCAUCCGCAACUGCGGAUCGGCUGGGCUGACACGAAAUGUCACAGAUUAGGUGAGAAUCCGGAAGAAAAAUUCAUGUCACAAACAGCUGCAUGACAGCUGUUCAGCAACGCUUCUAGUGAAAAGAAAAGAUCGAAGCUCCCCCUAUCCGGAGUUUUGCCGUCUGCGUGAGAUGCACCCAUGGCGUCAAGCUGCCCUCAGCCCAAUCCUUUCUUACUUUAGCUUGUAUCUCCGGGAUUUAUGGAGUCGGCAUAAACGUCACAUCUCGGGUAAUCCCUCUAAAUUCCUUCUCUGCCUAAUAUGAGGUUAGUUGAUAAUGCCUAUUAUAAAAAAGUCACGCUGGAAGUAACCGUUAGCCUGGGAAACGCGCGUUUACAAAUUUUGGACCUCAAAACUUGCAUAAAGUGGCCGCAAAUUGUUUUGCAUCCAAAUCAUCCUCGGAGGCCUUUAAAGAUUACAUUCCGGUAUAUUAACUAUUUUUUCGGAAGAUGGAAUUCUUUGGGAAACCGUAAACUUUAUGGUGUAAAUUUUCGAGACUGGUUCCCCAGCUCGUCUUCAGACAACGGGAGUGCAAAAACAAUUAACUUCUAGAUCGAUACGGUCGCUCGGGCACCAAAAACAACCAUCUGGAGAAAUGCGAAAUGUAUCUGAACUAGUCAAAAGACAAUUAAAAAAUACCAGAUACACGUAGCACACCAGCCGGCAACUACCUUACACACACAGCCGGUACACCCUAAGGACAGGGUUGGAUACCUCGAAAGGAAGAGUGUUGUUUACAAAUCCCAUGUUCUGGUUGUGAUGCCGUCUAUUGUGGUCAAACUGGGAAAUCUGUCCCGGACCGUGUACAUGAACAUCAGUUAGCGGUAAAGAGCCGCGACCAUCUACCCCAGGUGGUCAUGAACACACUGGACACUGAGCACAAAUUUGCAUAGGAAGACACACGCAUUGUUGGCACCCGCCCAAGAAGGAAAGGCCGCGAAUUCCUGGGGGCAAUGCACUCAGAUGAGGCAUGCAUCAACCGGAGUAUCGAUCUAGAUGCCAUAUAAAAAAUCGUUAAGGAUAUAUUCCAAGUGACUUAACCAAGCCCUAGAAGAUUACUUUAACCAAUCAUAGAAUCCUUGGCCAGAUCGCAGUUGGUAGCUAGGAAUGGGGAAGCGGACUGAGACCUAAACCCUAAUCCUAACCUUGACCCUAACCCUAACCUCAACCUUAUACGUUAAAUGUUAACUUUAAGGACAGCCCCAACCCUAACCGAAAUCUUAAACGGAACCGUAGCCCUUAGACAUAGCCGUAAUUGAAAAACCUAACCAUAAUACUGAAACUUAAUCGUACGCUCAGACCCUAACCGUAACCCGGAAACCUUAGCCUAAAGGCAUAACCCUAACCCGAAAACCGCAAUCCAUUAACCGGUACCCUAACUCUGGCCUCACACGUAAAACGAAAGCCAAAUGGGUCAGGUGUGAUUAUGGAACUUCUCAAAAUAGUCCCAGUAAACAAACCCCGCAGUCACCAAUAAUACGGGGCCUGUCCACCGACUACGAUCUAGCCGAAUCCUUUGUCAGACUCGGUCUAGAAGAUAAUUCUUUUUGCACGCCCAUUGUCUGAGGGCGAGCUGGGGAACCAGUGUCGAAGAUGUACACAAUAAACUUUACUGUUUCCCUAAGAAUUCCAUCUUCAUAAUUAUAUCUCUUAAGAUGCCUGCUUUUCUAUUUAUACACUCUUCUUUGAUGGGGAGUAAAUCGGUGGACCAUAUACUGGUGGUGUCUAAAUGAGGACUGGGUGGAAACCGCCGACGUAAUAUAUGGGUGGAAAGCGGACGCCGAUCGCGUUACAGAGAUCACUCGUCCCGUUUUACCUUGGGGCACAAGAUUGAGCUCCAAGGCACACCGGAAUAAAAUAUGAAGAUGGAAUUCUUUGGGAAACAGCAAAAUUUAUUGUGUAAAUUCUCGAGCCCGGUUCCUCAGCUCGUCUUCAGACAAUGGGCGGGCAAAAACAUUUAACUUCUGGAGCGAGUCCGAAAAAGGCUUCUAUUAUUGGUUAAAGUCAUCUUCUCGGGAUUGGUUGAGUCACUUUGAAUAUGUCCUUAACGAUUUUUUAUGUGGCAUCUAGAUCGAUACGCCGGUUGAUGCAUGCCUCAUCUGAGUGCAUUGCCUCCAGGAAUUCGCGGCCUUUUCUCAUUGGGCAGGUGCCAACAAUGCGGGUGUUUUCCCAUGAAAAUUUGUGUCCAGUGUCCGGUGUGUGCAUGGCCACCUGAGAUAGAUGGUCGCGGCUCUUUACCGCCAACUGAUGUUCACGUACACGGUUCGGGACAGAUUUCCCAGUUUGGUCAGCAGCGGCACAGCGCCACCUAAUAUACGCAGAAUAACAUUGCCGAAGAAGACAAGGGCGACUGGCGUAGUCAUUUCUGGCUUGUUGGCCUUCAUCAGCCGACAAAUCGCAAUUCCGAGGUGAACAACCUCCAUGACUCAAAAGUGCGAUCUGUUAGUGCGAAACCCAACACCCUAACUAGUAAGUCAGAGACACAUUGUCCUGUUGGUUGCUAUCGUGCAUAUUUACAAUGGUAAGAGGGUCGGGAUUGGGUAUCGCUGGCUAAUUACAGCUAACAAACCAGAAUCGAUCGUUCCACCCUUCCAUGUCAUUGUCGAUAAUGUUACUCUGCCUGCAUCUUACGCCGCUAUGCUGCUGUUAGCGGGGCUCACGAAAGGGCCCCAAGGCACAAUGGAAGGAUUGAGUUCCACAACGCGUUCAGUGCGCGCUAAUAUACCAUCGUAAAUAUACCCAAUCGCAACUCACAGAACAACGAGCCCGUGGUUCAAUAGCUAGGGCGUUGGAUUUCUAACUUAGGGGUCGCGAGAUCAAACCUCGGAUGUCGCAAAACCUAGGUUGGGUAUAAACUGCGGGUGACAGAUAACAAUCCAGAAAUGGCCUUCUCCGUCUCCCCUGUUUUGUCGAAAAUGUUAUUUCAAACAUAUUUCUAACAUGACCCGGUAGAAGGAACUUUGAUACACGACUUCGUGGCUGCAUGGUCAUGGUACAAAUUUUAAAAUGAUCUUAAAAAUGAUCCUUCUUAGUUAUAGCAUAUCGCAAAUCACUUUCCUUGGGAACGUUGAUUGACUUAUCACCGAACUCGCCUUUUACAGUACAUACUUGCUCGUGCAUUAUUCGAAAAAAACGUGUAAAAAUUUCAUAACUUAAAACGCAGUGUUCAGUUUUAUUUUCUUAGUCUCAUUAAAUGACUUUUAAAGCAUUUCUUUCCGGGUAUGAAUUGAAAACAGGCGUAUACAACAGAAUUUAUUGGGGGCAAUAAAUUUUUACGGCUCUUUAACUGCAGCCCGUCUCUGCAUAACAUAGGUAACGAAUGAAAGCGUACAGCAGUAUGAAUUUGUAUAGAAUGGCAGUGUAUAAGAGCAAGGUCAAGGUUCAAGGCAACGAAUAAUCAGAUAAGACGUCCACAUAAGCGUCAUAUAGGAAAGAGGGAGACGAAAUGUUAACAACAAAUCACAGCCAGGGGAAACUAGAGGCGUGAGGUUACCAGGGCAAUUGCAGAUUGAUCACGUGAUCUAACCGCUUGCACAGGUCUGGUUUCUCCCUCCGUAUGUAAGCUGCUUCCAAAUAACGCAAGGUUCGAGGUGUAUGCGCUCGGACAAGUACUCGAAAAGAUGCUUUAGGGUCGACAACAUGACCGCCAUCUAACAGGUGUUUUGUUAUAGACGAAUGGGCUUUUGUAUUUGUGUUUGAAAAACCAAUUAGGCAAAUGCUCACCGGCUCUGGUUGCCAGUUGCCUUUGCGUUUGCCUAAUGUACUUGCAUCUGUAAGUGCAUGUGAAUUCCGUUCCGAAGAAGCUCGUUUAUAAUAUGUUUACCUUUUAAGGGUGACGGCGUCUCAAACACAAUCAAGCAACGCUUGGGCUGUAGUAUAGUUCCACUAAAAGCCUUCCAAUUAGCCGGGCAAAGGAUGCCUUGCUAAUGCAUGCCACCUCAAAUCGCGUGUAGGAAUUCAUUGCCUUGAUCUUACUCCUGUGCACUGACAUUUUGCAUUUCCAUUCAUUAUCUAUGCUAUGCAGAGACGGGCUGCAGUUGAUAAGCCAUCACGAAAUUUAUUGGUCCCAAUAAAUUCUGCUGUACAUGCCUGUUUUAAAGGACUUUUAUCUGACAAUCUAAGCAGGCACGCGUAUAAAUUAACUAUGUAUUAUAUAGCUGCCCAGUUAACUGGCUUUCUUCGUCUUGAUGGGACCUUGGCUGAUAAUAGGUGACAGGUCGGAAAAGUGAUGCGUAAAAUAUCCAGUUUGUGCUAUUUUUGCGCCCAAUCAUCUGUCUUCGUUAAAGUUGGAACUAGUAGAAGUAGGUACUUAGAAUUCUCAACGGCAUCUAUCGACAUUGGCAUGCCUUUUGACACGAAGAGGAUCAUUUCCGACUGUCUGUGAAAAGUACGUUUAAUGAAAUAGGACUAUGGGAUUAGUGUGUAUUUCCACAUUGACUUUCGACGUUCUUUUACAUUUAAAAUCAAAUAAACGUCUUCCAUAUUAUAAAAAUGUGGUAGCAAUCUACUAAUUCUGUCUGACUUCUUACUAAAGGUAAUGGUAUCUUUUGGUUACAGAAAAGUUUCUCCUUACGUAAUUGUCAAGGACCAUGAAAUAACCAUUUGUAUAAGUGAAGAAGUAAAUUCGAGCACCUUAACACUUUGUUUAUUGUCCUGAGCUUUCAGACUCCUGCAGGAGUCCAUCGUCAGAGGUAGUGGCAGCAACAGAACAAGCGGCAGUUAUAAGCCAUGUAGGCCCAAUCAUCGACUGACGGCGCACGACCGGAGGUGACUACACAGGGCUCUGUACACCGGCGCCAGAUCGAUAAAUCGAUUGACUGAGUUCUCAUCCGAGGCCCAGGCUUCAAUCAAUUCUUGGCCUGUUUUGUUUCCGGCGUGGGGGACUAUUUUGGUGGCUGCGAAGUUAAACUCGUGACCCAUUUCGUAGGUGUGAGCGGCCACUUGUGAUUGGGCCUGCAUGCCUUAUAACAGCAAACCGGAGGACAGAGCACGUGAGGCCCGUUAUCUCCGCGACCAUUUUGUGCAAAAUGCCUAUCUGAGGGCAUUCAUAAGUCUGUAUACGCGGUCACCACCAGAGAACUCGAAAAUCAACGCCGUCGACGAUAUGCAUUCCCUGCCAUACAUCAAGGGCGUUUCAGAAGCGACCUAGCGCAUUGCUGCGGAGCUAGGUGUUCGAAUUGCACACGGCCCUAAAGCCACCAUGCGCAAUAGGGUCAUGAAAAUCAAAGACCGGUUAAAGCCUGAAGAGCAAUCUGGAGCAGUUUAUCGCAUUCCGUGUCAAAAAUGUCCUUGAAACUACACAAGACAGACUGGACGCAUGCUCGGAUCGCGCAUACACGAACAUAAGCUGGCUGUACUGCGAGGCGACGCGUUAUCGCAAGUGGCCGCUCACACCUACGAAAUGGGUCACGAGUUUAACUUCGCAGCCACCAAAAUAGUCGCCCACGCCGGAAACAAAACAGGCUGAGAAUUGAUUGAAGCCUGGGCCUCGGAUGAGAACUCGGUCAAUCGAUUUAUUGAUCUGGCGCUGGCGUACAGAGCCCUGCGUAGUCACCCCAGUCUUGCGCCGUCGGUCGAUGACUGGGCCCACAUGGCUUAUAACUGCCGCUUGUUCUGUUUCUGCCACUACCACUGACGAUGGACUCCUGCACGAUUCUGAAAGCUCAGGACAAUAAACAAAGUGUUACGGUGCUCGAAUCUUUUCUUCCCCACCUGAAACUCAAAUAGCUAAAGGAAUUAUACGAUUCCCCAUUUACGGAAAGUAUGCAGCGUGUAGUUUCCCAGCCAUAAACGCAAGUGCAGUUACGGGUCAAGUCUAAAAUUAUGUGGGAGCGGAAAGCGUUCUUUUAAAACUGAAAAACCGCAAUUGGUCGCUAACCCAGCACAGGAAAUAAUUUUUAUGGAAAAUUUAUGCACAUUAUAUUUAAAUUUACAAGAGAAUCAUGAAUCAGUGAUGAACUAACUAUGCUCCUUGGGUAGCUAUUUUUUCAGAACGAGACUAAUUUAAAAGCAACGGAGGCAACGGAGAAGACUAAGAGCCUCCUCCGACACCAAGUGUCACCACUCCUAAUGGCCUACAGGCCGGUGGACGGGCCUUCCAAGGUCAAACGUGAUGCCAAAGGUUUACUGGAGAACCGACAGUUCCAUGCCCCAUGUGCAACGAACCCUGUAAAAGCACUGACACGCGAAAUUAAUGCUAGGUUGUAGGCCUUGGGAAUUCAGGUGCAAUAACACAAACCGACAGGCGCAUGGCGAGCCCCCAAGAUACGGCUUUGGCCCGAUUCUAUGGCCUCCUAAGGUGCACAAAGACGGCGCCCCUCUCCGACCCAUCGUGUCGCUCAGAGGGACUCCAACGUACGGACUGGCUAAGUGGCUGUUCCGGCUUCUCAAGUUCCUAACCGCUGAGUCAGACACCACGGUCUCUUCGUCAGCACAAUUCCUGGAGAAACUCAAGGGGGUAAGCAUCCAUCCAAAUGAGGUCAUGGUAUCUUUUGAUGUUACAUCCCUUUUUACUUCUAUUCCCCAAGACCUGGCGAUCGAGACAAAUGAGCUGCUACUACAAAGCAAAUACGAUGAAACGGAGAAGCGUCUUGGACACGCCCAAGUCCUUCAGCUCCUGAAGCUCUGUCUCAGGACGUACUUCACGUUCGACGGGACAAUCUACGAACAGGUGAAGGGCACACCAAUGGGUUCGCCGAUUUCGGGAUUCAUCGCCGAGGCGGUCCUGCAACGGUUAGAGUCGCUGGUCUUCCAACAUUGCAGACCGAAGUUCUGGACCCGGUAUGUGGAUGAUACAUUCGUCGUUACCGACCGGAAUCAACUGCUAAAAUUCAAGGAACAUAUGAAUGCGGUCUUCCCGGACAUACAAUUUACGAUGAAGGAGGAAGGGAACAACCAGCUGGCCUUCCUGGAUGUCCUCGCAUGCCGCAAAGAUCGUGGUAGACUAAAGACCAAAGUGUUCAGGAAAGCGAAAAAUACGAUGCAAGUACAAAUAUUCAAUAGAAACUACCCAAACAACCACAAACGCUCUAGUGGCGUGAAGACAAGAUUGCCAAACUCCAAUACCUCCGACGGGUAUUCAAAGCCAAUGGCCAUCCGCGCAACUUCGUUAACCGGCGCAGACGCAAAAGGGACGAAAGGCCUAACUGCAAGGACACCAAAAUUUUGGGAGCGCUUCCAUAUGUCAAUAACGUUUUGGAAUCUGUCGGUCGCCUUCUCGCAACACUUGGGGUUGUAAUUGCACACAGACCGGAGGCAACCAUUAGGUAUCCGGUAAUGAAACCGAAAGACCCGCUGCCAUGGCCAGAAACGUCUGGAGUGGUUUAUCGGAUCUGAUGCAUUUGCGGACAAAGCAACUACGUCGGAGAAACCGGAAGACAGCUCCGAACGUGAACGGCCGAACAAGCUGCAGCGGUGCGGAGAAAUGACGAUAGCUUUCAAGUUGUGGCUCAUUCGACGAGAUCCGGCCACACAUUCAAAUUUGACUAGUACGAAAUUCUCGCAAGAGGUGGCAACCGCGCGACCCGGCGGCUGCUUGAGUUAUGGUUUACUGGCCCCUGUCUAUCAAUAAAUGCGAUGAUCUUCCCAUUCAAUACACCGUGCUGAGACUUCGUCUAGGCUGAGUAAUUGGCCAUGCGGGGAGCGCACUGGUGAACACUCUUCCCAACACCCGGGUCAACGCGUCAGAUGGUCGAGCAGUCAUCACACCAACAUUUAACGCGCGUGAUGAAAUUGCAGCAAUUAACGACUCGAAUGUCGGCCAUCACGCCACGUGCAACGAUCCCUGAUGAGAGGGGGGGAGGGAGAGCCGUGAAUAUUCAUAGAUAUGCGGUAGCAUGGCGACUGAUUCCUAUGAAUACUGCAGCCCCUUAUGCAUGAACGCCCGCAUCUGCUUUUGUCUCUGAUGAGGGGUUCGAGCAAGAAUCCGAAACGUCAGGCUAAUAAAACUCUUGUCCUAGCGAUCGUGUCUCCUUCUUCAAGGCUCAUUUAAAUGCCAGCAUCUUCCAAUGGCUAGCACGUCUUUGGAUAAGGCUGCGAGACAAUUAGUUUUAUAACCCUGCCUAUGUAAGUCGAUCAAAUCAGAAGCGCAUUUUACAUUCUUUGUCGAAAUUUCUUGAGAUAGGCCAGCCACUGUUGAUUCAACUCGAUCAACUAAUUAAUUUAUCAGAAAAACGUUCGUUUAGCGUACGCUUGUGCAUAUCACAUGAGUUCGUAGAAGGAGCCAUUUUCACGCACCUUUAACAGGGCAGAAGUAAAAUUCACCAGGACUACCGCAACUGCCUUGCAUAUUUUGAAACAAUGCCUGAAAAUUUAUGUUAAUAUAUAUUGAGAUUGAUUUGCCGCAUUUCUUGUGUUCCAUCGGUACUGGGCCUUUUUGACGCAUUCGGAGGGGAGAGGUACGCCACUUUGUAGUAUCAGAAACACACCAAUGUCUUCUAGUCAGUUUUAUUUUUAAUAGCUCCACAAAUUAACGCAUGACCCUGAAGAAGAUUAAUCGAGACCUAGCUCGUAAUAUCCACCGGCUUUAGGGGGACAACGACGUAGUAGGCAGUGUAGACACAGAGAUUUGUUUACCACUGCAGUUUCACAAAUACUAGCUUAAAGCUGAUAUACACAGCUCAUCGUUGCUUCUGCUGCUUCGCGACUCAGUCACGAGCUACUUUAAAGGCAAAUAAGAUGCUUCCCACAAGGAACUGUGUUCUUAAAUGAGACUCUGCCUACAAAUAUUUACAGAGGAAACUUGCGGAUGGAAACCCCGUAAGACGCGUCCACAGGAAAACCUCUAAGGCCGAGACCAUUCUCCACCAUGAAGGCCAUAAUCCAGCAGCUCCCAAAAAGAGCUGCCUCGGAAGCUCCAGCUCGAAUGUCUUUUGCUACUGUAGUAAGGUUAACUUACUGAAAAGCGAGUUAACGCACUGCUGCGACAAUCAACCCGGCUUGCCGGCUUGCCCCCCCCGCCAGCUGAUUACCUGCUCCGCGUGUUACUCAGCUGCGACUUGGCAAUGUCAUGAUACCGGUCCAUAUACUUAGGUCUUCGUUAAUUAUUCUCAGCCAGACACCGCUCAAGGUCGCUUCCCCCACACCUCAUGCCGACGGUGAAACUCCAUCGGAUGAGGCAUGGCAUGGUAAAGACUUUUGCUGCCACCGAUAUCUGAGCUACAUUUACGCCCCGCAUGAGUUCCUGAAAAAAAAACUUACUGGUUCCGAAGCCGAGCACAGGGAUCACUAG